AACAGCAGCAACAACAACAUCAACAAAUGUCUUCCUGUGCCUAUUGGCAUGCCAAUAAUUCAUCUGGUGGUCCCUAUACGACGACUCAACAUCACCAACAACAACAACAGCAACAAGUUGGUAUGUUAUCAACAACUAGAUCAAGGGAACAGUCAUCACUACAACCACAACAACAACACCACCAACAGCACCAGAGACAAACACAACAACAACAAAAUUCACUCAAUUCUGAUGAAAAUUACCUCUAUCCAACUGCAAAUACACAUCCUCUUGGUGGUAGUGGUGGUGGUGGUGGUCAUAUAAUGUCUAUCCCGUAUCAUUUCAGACAGUCUACUGUACAAAGAAUUAAUCCACAUUAUUUAAACGCCAAACCAACUCGUCCGCCACCACCGUAUGAGUUGGCCUUAGCUCUAAGACAACCUCCAAGUGACACCACUUCUACACCACCACAACAAACUCAACCGGCAUUAUCCUCCUCGUUAAAACACGAUGUAAUUAUGACAACUACACGUCAUAAUAAUAAUAAUAAUUUGUCACCUAACCCUCCUAAUACAAGCAGUAAUAACAAACAACCAUCAGUUGGUCGUACUCCUGCAAUGAUGCAAACGCAUGCACAGAUACAAAAUCCCAAGGUAGAAAGACAAUUAUUUCCUACAAAACAUCAAUCUAAUAAUAAUAAUAGUAGUAGCAGCAGAAGUGAGACCACACAACAACAACAACAACAACAGCAAUUAUCAACCUCGACAUCAGCAUCGCAUCAAGAGUCAACGAAUCAACAAGCAAAAUCAAUGAAUCCUGUUGAACAGAACAAAUUAUCCUCACCACAACAACGAAUCCAACACCAUCACCAACAACAACAAAGACCUUCUCCACCAUCUUAUCAACAGGUUUUAUCCAUGACACGACAGGGAAGUAAUCAAGGCUCGUUAAAAAUUAUUUCCGCUCAGUCACAUUCACGUCCUACAGAUCAUUGUCCAGUGAAUGGUCAAUCCCAGCCACAACCACCACCCCCACAAAGAACAAUGGCUACACUAUCAUCAGCAGCAACAGCAGCAUCGAAUUGUAAUCAUGGUAAUUUUAGAGCUUCAUCCGCUAGUCCUGGUAUCAGUAUUAUCCGCCCAAUUGUUAAUGAUUUGAAUUCUGUUGAACCACAUCUACCCAGAAGACGACAACCUUCCAGUAAUCGUAUGCACAGAUAAAGUCUGUUUUCAUUCAAUCAAUAAAUAUAUCUCACCGCUGAAUAGGAGUAGUGGUAGUAGUAUGAGUAUGAGUAAUGCCAGUUUGAUUGAUUGAUUGGUCGAUACAUCGUCUAUCUACCUAUCUAUCUAUCUAUCUUUCAGUAUUUCAGUAUCCUUUCUUGCCAUCCAUAAUAUGAUCUUUUAAUGUUUACUUUUUGGGGGGGGGGGGUUGUUUUAUACUAUUUAUUAUUAUUUCAUACCUUCUUGUUCUUGUUUUACUGUUUUGCUGGGAGGGUCCCCCAAUCCCCGGACCCCCUUGUCUUAUGGUAUAUAUACAUAUAUACUCACCCCACCCUAUCGCAGCCGUCUGUUGUAUUCUCCUUUUUUAUAUUCUCGUGUAUUAUCCUUCUGAUCAGUUUCUCAUUGUCUUCACAGUUUCACAACGCACACACAAACACAUAAAUGUGCCUAAAAUGGAGAAUUCUCCUCUUUUCGUGUCCCUGUCUCUCGCUCUCUUUCUACUCAUCCAAUUUUUGUAUAUUUUGUCAGUUUGUUCCUGUUCUUCAUUUGUAACUUUUUAUGAGCACAACACUGGAAAAAAAAUCUAUUCAACGAAAUUUAUGCAUAGGCCUAUUAUACUACUUAUAAAGAAAUCAGUAGUAGUAAAAUAGUAAUAGAAAUAAUGUUUGAUGAUGAAUAUUAUUAUUAUUAUUACUUGAGGCGAUUUUACCCAUUUCUCAUCACUUUCAUUAUAUUGUGACUGCCAUCAAUCCUAGUACUGUCGACCUCAUGAAGAAUCUCCACUAUCUCUUUGUUUUUUUUCUUAUUUUCAUUAAAUCGAGGUGAUGUGUCUUAGUGAAUGUGUGUAUAGUGUUCAUGCUGCCUUGUUACAAUUCCUCUCUCUCUCUCCCUCUCCAUGGUUGUAAAUAUAAAUGAAUGAAUGAAGGGAUCUGUGGCAUUGGCGAAUUCAAGUUAACGACACCAUUAGUUCUCCUGUUUCUAUGUAUGUAUGUAUGACGUAUAUUCUUAUCACGUCAAAUAUAUAUCAUCAGUUAUUGUAGAAGGCGUGUGUGUGUGUGUUUGUGGUUAGGCUUUUCUGUUUACUCACCUCCCCCCACCCCCGCUCAGUUAGUCAGGCAGUUAAUUCGUUCCACAGUUCCAUCAUUUUGUGAGUAAGUAAAUAUACGCGGAUUGGAAUUAUGACAAGCCCCACCUACUCCUGCUGCUCCCCUCCUCCCCAUUUGUUGAUAAACACUAAGAUACACUUACGCACUAUGUACAUAAAUUCACACACAUACUUGUAGAUUUAUACAUAUAUGAUUCAAGCUUAGUGUCACCUUCUUUUUCUCCACCCCCUCUGUCACCUUGUUCCUCUCCUUUUUAUAUAAUAUGUAUACUUCUCAGAUAAUAAACGAAUGAAUUAUUUGUACUACCAGACAGCCAGACAGAAGAGUUCUUCGUCCCUCCCUCCCGCACCAACGCGGCGCCCCUUAGUUUUUACUGUUUUUAUUUCUGCAGCUAGUACAUUUUGAGUAUUACUGUGUUAUUCGUCUCCAGAAUCGAAGAGGGGACGGCUUAGUUGGUUGGUCGGUUGGUUGCCUGGUUUUGUCACUGUGUUCUUCACGAUGUCUACUCUAUUCACACGAACGCACACACACACACUCACUCACAUACACGCACGCACGUAGGCAUAUGUAUUCAACUCUUUAUUUUACUUAAUAAUGAUAAUGAGCAAAAUAAUAAUCUACUGUUUGACAGUUUCUGUCUGUUUUUAUAUAUAUAACUUUACACAUACAC